AUGGUCAUGAAGGGGGCGGGGCACUGGUCUGCUUCACUUCCGUCUAUCCCAUUCAUCCCCCCGGAUGUCCACGCCAUCUCCAUCUCCGGACGACUCGCCAUCGGAUCUACAUUCUUCGUAGAAGCACUUUUCCGGAAUGCUUCAGAUCAGGUUGACACUCACUGUAAGCUAACUAUUCUGCUUUGGUCCUCAACUAUCUCAUCUUCCUCACAGGGCACCCGUGAUGGUGAUGGGAAUAACCCCGAAAGACUGAUCCCGCAAUCGGAUGGCGAGAUUUUGCGAGCGCUCUCCUGUUUCUGCGAGAUUCAAUGCGCCUUCACCCGUGACAAGAUUGUCAGCCUCUAUGAGCGGCUCAAAUCGACCAGUGAUUGUCUCGUCGACUAUGGUGUCGAAGAUUACUCGGUUUCGUCAACUGAAGCACCCAGGUUGUGUUCCAUUAGCGACACUAACAGUAGUUCCUCCACAUUCCAGUAUAUUAAUCCAUCGUUGCUGUCUUUGGACAAGGACGCACGAGGCUGUGGUACGAGAACCUCAUUCCCAACUCCGGGUUCGCAUCGAUCGCCCGCACCGAUACUGCCGAGCACUAGAGAGCCGCUGAACAGAACACCUUCGUCUGGAUUGGAUAGAGAAGCCUCAGGUGCCUUCAGAGGACAAGACCCUUCACACGCGGCAACCACAGCCGGCGGUGACUUUGACUCCGCCCUUCGAGAACUCGAAGAUAUGGAACUAGGUCAUUCACGGCCCUGCGACCGCACGCAUAGCCCCGAUUCCCCAACUCAAUCUUCGCUGGGAAGAAACGAAAGUUCAGCAAGUGAAACAGCGGAUGCCAGUGAAGAUGGGGCCUCCACUGGCCAACUACAGACUCCGGCUCCUACAUUUGACAGUGUUGAGGGAACGGGUCAGGAUCCGUCACAUAGGCUUGCUCCAAACACUCCGGUUGGCACAGCGAAUGUCGAAGACGCACACCGAGAAAGUCCAAAUGCUGCUUCUGACGAUAACUGCCCUCAAACCCCCGAGGCCUCUGCUGGGAGUUCCGGUUGGAGCCGAGGUGCUUCUAGGGCGGAAGCAGCAGAAGCGAACCAAACUUCGAAGAGUUAUCCAAGUGGACGAUGGCCAUUGAAAAAUCAGCCAACAGUUGAAGACGCCCCUGACGAAAGCGAGCGUAGUGCUGAGGAUCUAUCCGACGAUUCUGACGAUCCGGCAAUGAAGGCUUUCUUGGAUGACGCGCACAGAUUUCUGGAUACCUCUGUUGAUCAUGAAAACCGCCCUUCCAGUCCGAAUACGAAUGGUCCAGCCCUAGCCUCCUGCCGACCUGAAAGUGACAAGCAGCAUGCUCUGCCGACAAAUGGAAAAGUAGCCAGGCCUCAAACAUGUUCGGAGGGCGCGAGCCGGAAUAUACGCCGCCUCGCCUUCGCAAUAGCGUGGGUCAAACAGCGUCAGCCUUUCCCAACCGGGUUGAAGAUCGGUGGGAAGGUCGUUUCUCUCGGCAUUCUCUCCUAUCCAACCUUGUGCCAGAUCAAAAAGACGAAAUUGAAAGAAAAGCCAACCAGGUCCUCCGGUCUUGAUUUGGCAGAGUUUAUGGAGAAAUAUACUAAGAUAUGGAAGUCGACCGGGUUUUGGUCUUCUCCAUCACUUGACCCGUCCAACUACAAUACAUCCGCUGGCGGAAAGGGUCAUGCAAUUUGGAGGUAUGUAGAGGCGAUGCAGGCCGAGGGCGAGAUGCAUUAUCUCAAAUCUCGGUUUGCCGACAUAAUGCUAUAUCUGGAGUACGUCGAUGAAUUCAACCGACAGAAGAGAGCUGGACAUCCCGGUCAAACUGCGAAAACCCGACCCACGGACACUAUAUGUGGCACUGGACCUCUUCCCAAGGCAACCGCGAAGAAGGCUCGAAUGUCCUUCCAUGAGCAUAAACUCGUUGGUGAACGGUGGUGGUGGUCUGGGUGCUUCCUCGGGCGUGGAUUUAUUCUCCUGUGCAGCCAAGAGACGCAACAAAAUGUUUGGUCUCCCUAA